GUGGCAGAGCCAGACCUGCUCAAGGCCUGUGCAGGGGCUGAUGUCCUCCUGUUCGUGGUGCCACACCAGUUCAUCCGCAAAGUGUGUGAGCAGCUCAAGGGCCACGUGAAGAAAGGAGCCGUAGGGAUGUCACUCAUCAAGGGCGUGGACGAAGGACCAGAUGGGCUGAGGCUGAUCUCAGACAUCAUCCAUGAGAAGCUGGGAAUAGAGAUGAGUGUCCUCAUGGGAGCCAACAUUGCCAGUGAGGUGGCAGAAGAGAAGUUCUGUGAAACCACCAUCGGCUGCAAGAACAUGAAGCAUGGGCAGAUGCUGAAGGAGCUGAUGCAGACACCCAACUUCCGAGUGUCGGUGGUGCAGGAAGCUGACACGGUGGAGCUCUGUGGAGCUCUCAAGAACGUGGUGGCCGUGGGAGCUGGUUUCUGUGAUGGACUUGGCUACGGAGACAACACGAAGGCUGCUGUGAUCCGCCUGGGGCUGAUGGAGAUGAUUGGCUUUGCCAAGCUCUUCUGCAAGGGCCCUGUCACCUCUUCCACCUUCCUGGAGAGCUGUGGGGUCGCUGACCUCAUCACCACCUGCUACGGCGGCCGAAACCGCAAGGUCGCUGAGGCCUUCGCCAAGACUGGGAAG